AUGGAGGAGCUAAUGGCAACUCCGACUAUCAAAUCUGGAAAUGUGCUAGCUCUGCUUAACACUCUAUACACUUCCGGAUUCGCUUCAGCAUCACCCAGUACACCAAUGUUAAAAGGUAGAACUAUGCACACCUUAUAUGCGGUCUCUUUCAUCGUAUAUGUAUGUAAUUGUAUGUGUGAUUGGUUCCAUGUCUGGGCCACAUUGAGGGGUUUGGUGACCUCAUUUCCGCUAGAGAAUUGGCUUGUCGUUUCAUUGGUAGUGACAGUAGUAGCAGGAACAAUGCUGACAUGGUUGCUUUUGGUUUUAUGCAUGGAAAAUGCAUUUGCUCAUAGACUUGAUGUAAAACCCUAUCGCAGUGGAUUUACGUUGAUCUGGGAAGCGUUUGUUGAGUGGGUACAGGCUUUUAACAAUUUUCGUGUAGCAUUUUUGGUAAUGUUACUCCACGACACACCAAUAACACUUCUCAACUUUUUCUUCAUAGCAUCUUGUCGAUGUGCUGGGCCAAAGGUGCUGCCAUGGUCUCUUUUAUUGUCUACGCUAUCAUCAUUAGUAUCACUUAUUUGGAGAAUUACCAUGCUAUACUUUUCGUACAGGCGAAUGUUAUGUCCUCUGAAUCCAAAAGCUACCGUGAAUGUUGCUCGCUAUCCCAAAUUUAAGGAACAUCUGGCUUGGGCUGCGGACUACAGAGGAGAAGGAGCGCGUUUACAAGAAUAUGAUGAGUGCUGGCCUGUGCGAUGGGCACGAUAUUUUAUGUAUGGCUCGGAAGGGACUAUAUCUACGUUACCGGGUCCAGGCAGUAGUGAUGAGUUAUACGAUAAAUGGGAGCCUCCAUCAUUGCUUACUACACUACCAGUUAUUGGAACCGUAAGAUUUGAAUUUCCUAUAGAACUUGAAGAAGUGAAGCAAGCAGUCAUGCUACCGUAA